AUGGCGGAUCGGGGAGAAGACGAGGAUUUGGAAAUGGCGAUUCGGAUGAGCAUGACGCCGGAGCCGAAGCGGAACAAGCCUAGGGACGAAGUCGCGGGGGUUGUUUCGGGGUUGCCGGAGGAUUCGCCGGAAUCCAAGACUCGGAGGCGGGAGCUCAUGGCUGCGGCGGCUGAGAAGCGGAUGGCGACUGUGGUUAGGGUUUCGCCGUUGUCGCCAGUGGGGAAUAAAGAAUUGAAAAAAGGGGGUGAAGUUGUGAGGAGAGUGGAUGAAUUGCCUCUGAGAGAUCAGAGUUUGUGUAAGGAGCUUUCUGCGGAGGAAGCUAAUAAGUUAUUUGUUAUGGUGUUUGGAAGUCAAGUUUCGAAGGAUAUUCUUGCACAGUGGUGCAACCAGGGAAUAAGAUUUAGCUCUGAUCCUGAAACAUCAAUGGGCCUAGUGCAGCAUGAAGGAGGCCCCUGUGGCGUUUUGGCAACUAUACAGGCAUUUGUGCUCAAAUACAUUAUUUUCUUCAGUAAUGAAUUGUCACGCAUACCACAGAAUCGGGGUCUGGGUGUGUCAAGUAAAAGUCACUCUGUUCCAUCAUAUAAUAUUUCUUCACUCACUGAAGAUGUAAAAGUAAGAGCCCUCGUAAGAAGUAUGGGUGAAAUUUUAUUUUCUUGUGGAAGUAAUAAAAGGGCCGUGAUUGCAACUUUGAGCAUUCCGGGGAAUGAUAUUCAACGUUUUGAAGGAAUCUCAGAGGAUGAGCAGGUUGUUGCAAGCUCACUUAAAGCUCUUUCCAUUGAGUCUUCCUUGGAUCUGCUGAAAGUUCUUAGAGUUGAAACUCACACGUCAGAAACAACUGCUUUUCAGAGGCUUGAAGCAAUUAUUCCUUUAUUUCAAAGUCGUAUGGGGGCAUUGCUCUUCCUAAUCUCUGCUUUACUUUCUCGUGGACUGGAUUUGGUUCAAAGUGACAGGGAUGAUCCCAGCCUACCCCUGGUUACUGCUCCUUUUGGGCAUGCCUCCCAGGAAAUUGUAAACCUACUGCUCUGUGGGCAGGCUGUUGCAAAUGUAUUUGAUGGAAGGAUGGAUUUAGGUGGAGGAAUGUUUCUGAAAGGUAUAUCCCGAAAUGUGGAAGUUGGAUUUCUCACCCUGCUAGAAUCCCUGAAUUUCUGCAAGGUUGGUCAGUUUCUGAAAACCCCAAAAUGGCCUAUAUGGGUUGUUGGGAGUGAAUCCCAUUACACAGUUUUGUUUGCUCUUGAUCCCACCGUUCAAAACGAGAAUGAAUUGGAAGGAAGGGAAACACAGAUCCGCAAAGCUUUUGAUGCACAAGAUCAAAGUGGAGGUGGCGGCUUCAUUAGUGUGGAGGGGUUCCAUCAAGUCAUCAGAGAAACAAAUAUCAAACUUCCACAAGUGAAGCUAGAUAACCUCUGCAGCGCAGGGUUCAUUGUAUGGAGUGAAUUCUGGCAGGUGAUUUUGGACUUAGACCAAAGCUUGGGAGGCUUGAAAGAUUCAUCAGGAUUGAUGGUUCCCCCAAGGUGGACACCUGAGGAAUUUAUGGCAGAUGUGCAAGGUCCAUCAGCUUCUGGUGCAAGUGACUCUACUGGGAAGGACAUUGAGGUAUCUAAACCAGAGCCUGUUCAGCAUGCGCCUUUGGUUGACUGCGUAAGGACACGUUGGCCACGUGCUGUCUGCAACUGGUCGGGUGAUCCUCCUAGUAUAGUCUGA